AUUGUGCUUUCUGUCCUAACUGGCAGCUCCUGCUUUCAGGUUGUUUCUGUCAUGUCUAUGUGGACCAGGUUGCAGCCUGCCUAUGCUGCAAACAUGUGGAAUGAGGCUCUAAACAAGCGGGUAGGUAUUGAGGGAUUGGACCUGUAUGAGAUUCUGGCUGAGGUUGAAAAUCGCGAGAUAUCUGUUGAUUACUUGCUUACUAUUCCAGAACAAGAUGAGUGGGUGUACAGUGAUGGCAAAUCUACAACCUGUGUUGCUUUCAUUCUUGCAAUGUAUAAAGAAGCUGGGAUUUUUGGUCCUAUUUCUAACUCCAUUCAAGUUACUGAAUUCACUAUUCGUGAUGCGUACAUGCUAAAGAUUUUUGAGGAUAACCAGACCCAUUUGCCAAGUUGGUGUAACAUAGGGGAUGAAAAGCUCCCAUUCUGCCAGAUCCUUGGUGAAUAUAUGAUGGAACUGCCUGAAUAUAACACCAUAGAGCCAUAUGCAAACAUGAAUGAGCACUGUGAAUCACGAAGACGACACGAAGAGGAUUUGCUGGACCCAGAACCCAUCUUGAAAGAACCCAGAAACUGCCGAAGAAAAUUGGUAUGA